GUAUUUGUGCUUCAUCAUGGAGCAGGCCAUUCAGGCUUAUCGUUUGCAUUGACAGCGCAUCAUAUCAAGCAGCAAACCGAAGGACAGUGCUCAAUUGUAGCCAUUGACGGCCGUGGCCAUGGUAACAACACAAAACCCAGCGACACACAUACAUCGAAUGAUAUCGAUUUUUCGCUUCAAACCAUGAGCGAAGACCUCGUCAAUGUGUUACAGCAGUUGUACAAAGACGAUAUUCAACCUGACUUGAUUCUAGUGGGUCAUAGUAUGGGUGGAUCUAUAGUUGUAGAUGUAGCAAGUCGAAAACGUUUGCGCAAUGUUGUCGGCGUGUGCGUAUUGGAUGUCGUGGAAGGUUCUGCCAUGGACGCACUCGCUUCAAUGACUAAAAUAUUGAGCUCAAGACCACAACAAUUCGGAUCCGUAGAACAAGCUAUUCAAUGGAGUCUAAAAUCAGGCACAGUCAUGCACAACUUGAAAUCGGCCAAGGUAUCGGUGCCCCCACUCGUUCAGAUCAAAGAUGAAAUUGAUCCAUCUAGUAGUACAACCCUUGUUUGGAAAACAAAUUUGACCAAAACUACACCCUAUUGGACAGAAUGGUUUGAAAAUUUAUCGUCCAAGUUUUUGAGCUGCCCAGCUGCAAAGCUGUUGAUCCUGGCCGGCACGGAUCGGUUGGAUAAACCACUCAUGAUUGGGCAAAUGCAAGGCAAAUUUCAAUUGCACAUUAUCCCAGAGGCAGGUCACUUUCUGCAAGAGGACGAGCCAGAGAAGACAGCAAGAUGCUUGGUGGAGUUUUGGAAAAGGAACAAGCGUUUAGUCUUACCACCCAAGGUCCCUUUGCCUAAUAAAAAAUAA